GACCCUACCACAUUACACGAGACCUUGCGCAAAUUAAACAGGACCGUGUCAAGAUCACACGAGACCGUAGCCGUUGCCUUUGGCGCGCCGCCUGCCCCGCUGCGCAUCGAUCAGCUCCUCGAGAUGGGGAACGCGUCGACGCAGCAAGGUGCUGUCAAGGACUGGGUGCAGCGCAUGCGCGUGGUGUCCUUCGCGGUGCCCGCCCAGUGUUCUAUGGUUGCGCCGUUGGCCAUCGCCGAUGCUGCCUCUGGCGCUAACCUCGCUUCGUUUCGCGAGGUCAUGGACUUCGACAGCCUGGUUGCGAGCUUCCCCCGCGUCGAGGAGUACGAGGCAGCGGGGGCUGCGUGGAUGUUGGACCCGGUUUGCGCGGACAUCGACGACGUCACCGUAAGUCAGCUCGAGGGUGCCAUGAGCAUCUGGUCGGAGGAGACGUUCCUCCUCUCCUCCAAGCACGCGCCCUCGCGGCGCCUGACCUUCGACGUGCCUCUCCCCGCCUUGGUGGUCGACGCUCAGGCCGCCCAGCGCCUUGAGCCUGGCAAGCCUGGAGUUCGCUUGGCAGAGCCUCUGGCCAUGAUCGCGGGCCGCGCGGCGGCGAUCACGUGGUGUUCUGCCAUGGGCGAGGCGCUCAAGGAGUCCAACGAGGACCGCGUGUGGCAUCUGUUCAAUGCCGCGUUGUCCGCCCCCAUCAGGACGCGCGCGCUGCCCGAUGCGGGCGCGACCCAUUUGGCGGCCCUGAGUUUUGGAGAGAAGCUGUUCACUGCGAGUGCUGCCUCUGGCGCAGAUAGCUUCUGGCAGUUCGCAGGAAAAGCGUGCCGCGUGACAAGCGUGCGCGCCAGUCUCGCCAAAUCGGAAGCAGUGGCGAAGCUGGAGGCUGCGCUGAAGGCCUACGGCCUCCAGUUCAAAGGGAAACCGCGCGCUGCCGCAACUGCCGCGGCGCUGAAAGGUUUGCGCACUUUCGUCCUCGACAGCGCCUGCGCUUCGGCUUUCUCGCUGGCCGAAGCAUAUAUCCCAGAGCUUCGCGAACCUGCGCUUCUCAUGGGGAUCGGCUUCGCAUGUUCCAAAAGGGCUGUCUCUGACGAUGACAAGGCCAAAGAAUUGUUCGUUUUCAUCCUGGACACUUUCCGCGUGGCCCGCCUGGCGGGCGACGUCCCGAAUGGCGAGAAACUGGCCGUGAGCCGGGCCUGCGGCCGCGAUUGUAAAUCGCCAGGGAUGCCCCACGCGCUCUUCAAGCAGAAGGAGCUCGUCGAGUAUAUGUUCCACGAGGCCUCUCUCAUGCAUAAGGAACAUGGGCGCGACAUGGCCGCAUUCAAAACACCUCUCCGCAUCCUCCAGCGGUUCGCUUCCUCUGGCGCGGAUGGGCCCGCGGCUUCGCACCGCGUGUCCGACUCAGGCGGCGGCGCCGACGGGAUGGAGAUAUUGCUCGCGCUCCCCGUGGCUGAGUGUCGGAAAACCGUGGAUUGCAAGUCGAAGGCGAUGAUCGACGUCGCGCGGCCUCUGUGGGCGGGCGCUUUCGACGAAGGAAUCGUCGAGCUUGCCGAGCAGGGGAUGCAGAGCAGCGCGCCUGCGUUCGUCUGGCACACGUACCUCGCCGAGACCAGCCAGGAGGUGGGUGCCAAGUACCGCGCUUUCGUGGCCGCCUGCAUGGGCGGGCCGACCCCCGCCGACCCCGAGCUGGAUGCAAAUCUCGUGGGGCAGAUGCAGAGCGUGUGGGGCGCGCUCAGCCACGGGCACCGCUUCGCGAGGAAGAAGACCGACGUUCGCGCGUUCGUCCUCUCAGCGGAGCUCUUCCCGCCCAACGUCGCCAAGCAAGGCGCCAAGGCGAGGCUGUGCGAGCAGUUGGCGUGCGACGAGGCGAAGUUCAAGCGAGUCAUCGAGUUCUUCUUGCAGAAGAGGCAGACGGAUGACAUCCUCAUCUUCUUCGACGGCAGAAGCCGCGCGAAUCGCCGGGCCAUUGAGACCGUCGAGGCCAAGCUGGAGUCAGGAGGCCCCCGCGCGUUCGUUGAGUGCUGGAUCGUGCGCGAGCAGCCAAACAAGAAGGAGGAUCCGCGGUCCCUGGCCAGGGCGCACAGCUACACCAAGAACAACAGGGAGACGGCGAUCUUCUCGCUGCCAGUCAAGGGCCCGCGGAAAGUGGUGCACCGUUUGGAGUUCAACGCGCGCGGCGAGUCCUCGACCGCAGACGCGACGUACACUGGCGCCACAAUGCGGCGUCUCUCCGAGCUCCCUCGCCUGAGCUACGAGACCAAGGCGAGUAUCCUGGGAGCUGCAUCUUGCGCUAGCGUUGACGGCGCCAACUCGAAGAAGCCGCGCCUGCAGGCAGACGUCGAUUCGAAGGGCCACCCGUUCUCGCAUAGCGAGGUGAAGCCCAUCAGCCUGUGGCAGACGAUCAUGGGGCACCACAACGUGACCCACAUCGUGGACUUCACUCCAGGCUCUGGCGCCUUAGCUGUUGCUGCCGCUGGCGCAAUGGAGUACGAAGGCGUCGCUUGCAACGAUAACCAUCGGGACUGGCUCGACUUCAUCGUGGACAGGUGCGCGAUGCACAAGGCGGGCCACGAGGAGGGGCGCGCGCAUCAAUUGGGCGGCGACGCCGACUUCGCCGAGAGAGCCAGCAAGUAUUUCAGCGGAACCAUGAUGGAGGCGAAACGUCUGCUGAUGCCGCUGGUCGACGAGGUGCUGUUGGUAUUCGUUCCUCUGCUGGCAACGCUAGCGUCGGAUGCCAGCUUAGAGCAAGUGCGAAGUUUAGCUAUGGCCCUUGAAGACGCAGAGUACUGCAAUACAGUACUCAGCGUCUUUGAUCACGCCAUGAUCACGGAGGGCGACAUGGCGGCCAUGCCGCAGCAGCAGGAGGAGGCGCCCAUCAUCAGCUACGAGCAGGCGGUUCAGUCUCGCGAGGGCGUGACCGAGGCGAUAUCGAGUCGGCGCAAGCAGCUCUGCGUGAUGGCGGAGGUACUUCGCGUGGAAACUCGUGAGGUGCUGCGGAACGCCACGUCGAUAUCUUUAUCCCUGGGCGAGUCGAAAUACCGCAAGAUCUUUAGAUAUCGCGCUGACGUGCCCGCCCCUGUCGGCGGCGGCGUCGCUCAUAACGUGGGGGCUUCAGGCUAUUGCCGCUCUGGCGUGCUCGGCAUCCUCGAUUGCAGGAAGAGUCGCGCAGCGGAGUUCGAGGAAGGCCACGCCGCGUUUGCCGUCGAGCAGCUCGGCAGUUUUUUCGCGAAGUUCUGCGCGCCACUGGGGCGGGGCCGAAGAAAAGCACUGCCUCUGGCGCGCGAUGAGUCGCUGAAGUCGCGCGUUUUGGCGACCGUCACCAGUAUUGCAGCAGAUGGUGCCGCGAAGGAACGACGGGCAGUGUUUCUCGCUGCCCGGGAGCUCUCUCCAAACCUCCUGAUAGUGAUUCGAGGCCCCGCGCAUGCCAUGCGCAUCGCGAGCCGGCCCUUGCACUGCGACGACGCGUUCGGUGAGGUGCGGGGCGAGCUUUUCGAUGGCCGGCACGCCCUGGCGCCAGACAUCAUGAACAGCGACAAGUGGAGAGACCUGUUCGUGGCCAUUCAAGAGGACGACAUCGCGCCUGUGGCGCAAGCUGGCCUUGGUCGCAAGCCUUUGGAAGCAGUCGUGCGGAAUCUUUCGUUCGCCAAGCAGCGAUUCGAUUCCACGGCGGGGCCAGCCGGGAAGAUUGCGCUGAUGUUGUUGCCAGUUGCGACUUCGCUGGCGCACGUAUCAUCGGACAGACGUCGCGAGAGCGAAAAGCGCGAGCGGGCCCUGAAUUCACUGAGAAAGUUUGACACUAAGUUUUGCAUGGCUGUCGGCGUGUCCGCGGAUUGGGGCAUCAUUUGCAAUUGUUUCUUGCGUUUGUUCGACGUUGCCAACCGCGGCAUCGCUUCAUCGCGUUUGCAGAUCGAUUGCAUGGUGGAGACAUUGGGCGCUGUCUUCAAGGACGGGCGCGCGUUUCAGACCCUCAGGCAGGCUGCCCCUGGCGCCGCCGCCGCCAUGCAGGCUGCCUCUGGCGCCGCCGCCGCGAGCGCCGAACCGCUGCCAUGCGUGGGUGAGCACGGGGAGGCGCCCGGCUUCAUCGCGACCGCCGUGAUGUCAAACCUUCGGCGGAAGUAUAUUUUCUUGGCCGAUGGGAAUCCCGUGUUACCCUGGGGUGAUCCUCGGGACGCCCACAAGGCAGAGUUGCUCGAGAGAGUGCAGAAUGCGGCCUGUUUGACGAAAGAUCGUCUUCUUGCAGAUUUUCCUCAAAAUGACAUCCGCUCGGCAUUGUCGAUGUUCGAUCGCCGUCUCAUUCGGAAAGGAUUCGGGGAUCUGCCCUCUCUGCAGACGCGGAGGUUCAUUCUCCGAGGCGUGGGCACAGUAGCCGCGGCACUCAGUUGCGACGAGGUGGCGGCCCAGCUCCAGUACCGCGACGUCAUCCCCUUCAUGCUGGGGCAGCUCUCUGCUGGCAAGUCUCUAGCAGAGAAAACCAAUCAGGGCCGAAAAAAAGAUGCCCCCUGCGCCGCGCUAGUCUCGGCGUUCUCGCUGCUGCCCGCUCGGCCGCGCAGUGCAAGCGCGCGCGCCCCCAGCGCAGCGCUGCAUCCUGGCGCAGGCGCGGAUCGGAGCACCCGCUGGAAGGAUGCUUCGCAGAAGUUUCACGACCGAUCUGCGGGCAACAUCCCUGGCGUGACGCAGGUGGCGGUGCCCGCUGCCUCUGGCGCCAUUGGUGAUUUGCGACUGCGGGGCUCCAGAGAAGCGAAGGGGGCUCGCAGAUGCGCGGGCGUUUCUUUGGUUGUUGUCAGGGGUCUCGCCGCUCUUCACGACGCGGCGGCGCUGGCUGCUGAUGCGGACGUGGCAGUGUCGUUCCUGUGCGUCGUGGCGCUGGGCUUGGACGUCGUCGCCAGUGCUCAACUGUCUGCUGUCAGUUACGCCCCAGGUCGUUUAUUGCCGAGCCUAUGUAUCAGACAUGCCAGGGCAUGCGAAGGAAAGGCCGAGCUCUUCGUCGAGGAGAGGCUGGGCGUGGAGCGCCCAUCUGCGCGCGGCGCACUGCGGCGUAUCGAGCGCGCGCCUGCAGGUGAGAUCGUCGUGGGAGCUGCCGGCGCGCCUGCCUCUGGCGGCGCUUCCUCUGGCAGGCUCUUGGGCGCGGUGAACUGGGCUCUCUCCGUUCGCAAGACUUGGAACGAGGUAGGCCCGGAGGUUCUCAGCGUUGACGGGGCGCGCUUGCGAACCUGGGGCGACGGGCGCAAUUGCCGCUUUCUCGACAACGACAACUACCAGGUCUGGCCCCGCGCCCUCCACAAUCCCCAGCAGCGCGCCUGGCUGGAGAGCAACCAGGAGAAGCUCCAUAUGAAGUGCUACUUUGACUCCCUGGGCUUCUUCGAAACGCUGGACGGGAACAGUGCCGUCAUUUCAACUAUGCAGGGCGCGAGCGAUGCAGGCGGUCG